UAUGGAAUGAACCGUGCAUGCAGCAUAUUGUAAAACCUGUUGUAGACUAUCUUCAUUUACCGUUCCUCAUACACGCCGGCAGAAGAGACAUUCUGGUAAUACAUGCAGGAUGGUUCAACCCCUCAAAAUGCAUCUUCCCGUUUGCUCGUGGUUGACCUUUUGUCUAGUAAUUGUCCAUAUUUCUGUGUCUGAUGCGGAGACAUUUUCAUCAAUUCAGUCAAUCACCGAAUCGUUCCGACACGAAGCGAAGAUGAUGUCCGAGAUCUAUGACUCUCUGCAGCAGGUGAGCCCAGGGAAUGAUACGUACGGAGUCACGCAAUUCCGGAUGUUCAUCAACGAUACUAAGAGGUUUUUCGAGCAAUUCAAGGACGAAGAGCACGUGGAAACAUAUCUGAAACAUCCCAUCAACAUCUAUCACUUCAUACGAAGGUGUGCCGUGGAAUGGGUAAAACGCACGCUCCCAUUAAUCAAGGCACAAGACGCAACAAUCUCCAAUAUUUACGAAAAGCUGAAGACAACUUUCGACGAGGACCGACUAUGGCCACGCAGAGAAGACUUAGUCGGAGUGUCUUUAAGCCUGAUUCGCCUCCAAGUGACCUACCUACUUGACUUCAAGGAAUUAGCCACUGGGACUCUGAAUGGGACGAAAACGGAUCCCCUAACUGUCGACGAGCUGCAUGAAAUCGCCAUGGUUGCUUUGGAGAAAUGGAAGCCAAAGAAAGCGAUACUGUGGUUAAACGAAACUGCUCAGAUAAUAAGGGAUGGGGAUGACUUUCGAUAUGCCUUCAUAUAUUUGUAUAGAUUCCAUCGACAGAUGGCGGAGAUUCAUGAAAAGUUCGGCGAUUAUGAAACGGCUGUUAGGGUAGCUAAAGAACUAGUAGCGUUCGAUCCGGCCAAUGUCGCUGCUACGAAUUACUUGGCUUCUCUAAAGGAGAAGGCAGGCGCUCUCCAGUCACUGGCCUUGACGGAUAAGAGUGCUAAGUCAGAUACCAAAUACGAGGCAUUGUGCAGGGGAGAUCUCGAAAAGCCGCCUGCUGAGGUGAAGGAACUUAAAUGUUAUUUUAGGAGAUCGGCCAUACCCUAUCGGCCGACGAAGGUAGAAUUGAUCAACCUGACGCCAGAGAUGCUAAUUUACCACGACAUAAUAUACAAGGACGAGAUAGAUCGGAUUAAAGAAUUCUCGAAGCAACAUCUGAAGCGAUCAAAGAUAACCACAAUGGCUGAGGACGGUAUUGACACGAGCGACAUGCGCGUUAGUCGACAUGCCUGGUUUAAUAUCAAAGAUUCGACAAUGGAAAAGGUUUACCGCCGGGUUGAGGAGAUCACUGGCCUCGGGACUGAGCUCAAUUCUGUGGCAGAUCAUCCUUAUAACGAGGACAUGCAAGUUGUAAACUACGGUCCAGGAGGCUUUUACACACCCCAUCAUGACUUUUUCUAUCCACCAGACCAUCAUAUCGCAUGGGAUACCUUACUUGACGAUGACCGAUACGCAACUCUGCUAUUUUACCUCGAAGACGUUCAUAUAGGCGGUGCAACUGCGUUUCCUACUGCUGAAGCACGUGUGCCAGCUGUGAAAGGAAGCGCCGCUUUUUGGUGGAACAUGCACCGUAAUGGUACUUCGGAUGCAAGGACACUUCAUGCUGGAUGUCCCGUACAGAUUGGAUCGAAGUGGAUUGGCACCAUAUGGUUUCGUUACGUAGCGCAGUGGUCUCACAGGCCGUGCACCACUAAUAACUAUGAGUAAACCCCUUGUCACUGCGGGUUGCCUGACGUCGGUUAGGGAGCAUGGGCGAUAUAAAACAGUCAGAAGAUUCGACUGUGUCCGUCUGGAAAGAAGAGGGGAAACAAGUUUCGUUGUUCGACCGCUGUCUGAAGUAGAUCCUGAACGAUCUGCCGUGUUAGUCCUGAAGUUUAGGGUAUCAGGGAUUGCAAUAUUGUCAUCAUUGUCUUGACUGUGCUGACUGGUUGGUUUCUCUGGAUUCGACAAGGACCGCCGCCUGUUUUGAUCUGACAUCGGGGUCCCAACGACGACAGCCGGAUUCUUCGUGCGCGGUCUGAGCGGGGCCGUCUGAAAUGCCAAUCUCUCAUGUUUCAGUUUCUUCAAAGUUGCAUUAAACUCUGUCUGUAGAUCCUUCUUCGUAUUGUUUAGCUCAUGCUGCAACCUUUUGUUCUCCAACCAAACUUUUGAAUCAUGCAGGUUUUCAUGUGCUCCUGGUUUCAACCAACCACCGCCCUUCCUCAUUACACCACCAGAUGGAUUGUUCAUAACUCUAUAGCUCGAAUGACAAAUGAAAAACGUCAGAAAAUUCCCUGGUCCACAAGUGGAGUAGUCCACAGUCUCCUGAUCUAGUAUUUAGCCUUAUGAAGAUCCUUCCUUCAAACUAAUUAUAAAGUAUUAUAAACUAUAAAGUCUUCCACCACCAAGUCUGCUCACAAUCUCCCAAAUCCAGGCAGCCAAAACGGAGUGACAACGCCAGCCCCAAUCUGUUUCAUUAGAAAGAAACGGAGUAGAUGAAAUGCGGCUAUGGCCAAGUUGAAAGUUAGGAACAUCAAUAAUUUUGGAGACGACUCGGAUCAGUUCUCAGAUGAUUUCCGAAGUCCUUGUGGAUCACUGUAUAUAUACUGGUUGUUCAGACCAGUCACUAAUUCCGUGAAAGUUGAAACAAACAAAACCGUUCCACGUGAUAUCUAGACAAGUAAACCUGCAUGAUUAAUAAAAAGAAUACAACAGGCCAGGUAAUUUGUGGAACGGAAUCAGGCAAAGCUAUUGGUAAUACUUUGAUAUGACUAUCUCUACUAUAAUCCUUAACACGGCCAAAUCGGUCUUUUGUU